UGUUUGGUGGCAGAGAAAAUACUCGUACAAUUACAAUCUGGUAAUGGAAAAUGGAGUAUGGACCCACGCCUGCAAAUGUCAUUACUUCACUUUCAAGACCAAUCUACUCUUUUCCCAGAUUUUAGUUGAGUACACUUUAUCUCCUUUUGCAUAAAGCCAAUUAUUCCCCUGUUCCCCUUCCUGUUUGCCCAUUACUUUACUUUCUCUCUACCAUUGCAGAAGCUGCAAGUUGAAGCUGUAAAUGAAUGAUUCUCCACUGUUGUAGACAUGGGUUCUUGUGUUUCAGUCCAUAAAAGCUCUGAGUCUACCAUGAAACUUCAAUGGUCCACUGCUUCUAAGACCACAGACAGUGUCUUGAAUGAAUCACCCGUCAAGGAAAACACUGUCAGUACCCAACAGUUCAAGCCUCAAUUGAAUCCCAGCUUCCGGGAAUUGGGUAGCAAAGAGGAGGUAUUUUUUGAUUCGCAACCCUGGUUAGAAUCUGAUUGUGAUGAUUUCUUCAGCAUCAAUGGUGAUUCGACACCCCAUCAUGGCAAUACUCCAAUGAACCAAAGCAGCUUCAGAGAAACUCCUCGACUUGAUAGAUCUCAUCACAUGGACAAGUCACCCAAUUCCUUGAUAGAGCCCUCCCCAUCUGAUAAGAAGAAACUGAUUGAGCUCUUCCGAGAGAGCUUUGGCGAUGACCCAUUUGUUGGUAAUCAAGACCUACAAGGAAUAGAAAGUAAUAUGGCAAAUGGAAGGCUGAAAGCCAAGGCUACCAUUUUUGACUUUCUAACAAAUAGAGGCUGCAGUAGUGAAAGAUCUCCAAAUAAAGGUUACAAACCUGAGAAAGAGAAAUCCGCUCACUCUGCACAGUGUUGCCUUCCAGGUUUGGUUCGGAGCCUGAGCUUUAGUGAUAGGAAGAGGAGGCCCAGCCCUGCCCACAACAUCUGUAGAAGGUAAGCCAAGCUUUGCUCUGUCUAUACUUUCAGGUGAAGUUUUGCUUCUAAAUCAGCAUUACUGAAAUAAUUUGGGGUCUCUAACUCCCUUGUUCAACUUUAUUGGCCCUUCUAUGGGCAGAGUUGUAAAGUGAUCCAUGAACCAGAUGCCUUGUUUCACUGUUUUAUAGGAACGAAAGGAUUGAAUUUGUAUUCAUUAGUCUGCUUCCAUGAUGUUACAGUCCUGUUCAAUCUAUAGGUUUUGUUGUAAGUUGAUGGGUGCUGCCUCUUAAGAAAUUCUUCAAAGAUCCUUGUAUAAAGAGUCUUGGUUGGUGCU